AUGGCUGGGAUCCCUUUGUAUUUUGUGGAUUUGCAGGAUGACUUAGAUGAUUUUGGGUUCGAAGACUAUGGACCAGAUUGUGAUAGCAUGAGGAUAACAGCGUUCUUGGACAUUCCAGGGCAGGAUAACUUGGCUCCACUUGCGCGUCUGGAAAAAUAUGCUUUUAGCGAUAAUAUAUUCAACAGGCAAAUCAUUGCCAGAGGUCUACUUGAUGUUUUUCGAGAUUUCAGUCAUAAUGAUGAAGAUUACUUGACGGUAAUGGCAAUAGUGGUCAGGCUGUCAGAAGAUACAGAACCUACUGUACGGACAGAACUCAUGGAACAGAUACCACCUAUUGCCAUUUUUCUACAAGAGAGCAGACCAAACUUUCCUACAGCCUUUUCAGAAUAUCUUAUGCCUAUCGUGGUGAGAUACCUCACAGAUCCAAACAACCAGGUUAGAAAAGCCAGCCAGGAAUCUCUGGUGAUACUGCUGGAACAAGGGCUCAUUUCUCAAAAUGAUAUUGAAAAUAAAGUAUGCCCGAUCCUGUUGGACCUGUCAGCUCCAGAGAGUGAUGAUGAAUACAAGGUGGAAGCUGUCAAUAUAAUCUGCAAAAUGGCCUCUAUGGUGAACAAGUCGACAGUUGAAUGCUUGCUUCUUCCCCGAUUCUGUGAGCUCUGUGGCGAUGGAAAACUUUUUCAAGUCCGUAAGGUUUGUGCAGCAAAUUUUGGUGAUAUCUGCAAUGCUGUUGGGCAAGAGGCCACAGAGAAGAGCUUGAUUCCUAAAUUUUUUGAGCUUUGCUCUGAUAGCGUUUGGGGUAUGAGGAAGGCCUGUGCUGAAUGCUUUAUGGCUGUCUCCUACACAACGUCACCUGAAAUCCGGAGGAGCAAGCUGUCUCCCCUUUUUAUCAGCCUCAUCAGUGACCCUUGCAGAUGGGUUCGCCAAGCUGCUUUCCAAUCCCUUGGGCCGUUUAUUUCUACUUUUGCAAACCCUUCCAGUGCUGGUCUUUACAUUCGGGAAGAUGGGACUCUCAGCAUCCGGCCUUCCAGCCCCCACCCAAUAGGCAACAUUACAAAUGCCAUGCCAUGCAGUUCAGAGGAGCCCAUGGAGAAUAAAUCAGAAUCACUGACAGAAGGACCUUCUAAUAGCUGCACAUCUUGCUUUGAGAAUUCAGCUGCACGACGAGAAAGCUCAGUUGCACAUAUUAAUUCUGAGAUAGAUCUGACUCGACUGACUGAGAGUGACAAUGUUGGCUGUUGUGUGGCCCAGGAUACGAAAGACUGUCAGGUCAGCAAUUGCAGGGGAAUGAACUCCAGGGUCCAGUCUGCAGAAGACGUGUUUAAUACUUUCUUAUACUGGCGCCCUCCCCUUCCUGACAUAAGUCAGGAUCUGGAACUGCUUCAGUGCAAAACGGAGAUGCACGAAGAAAGCUGCUCGGAAGCACUUUGUAACAACUGUGUUGCCAGCAGUGAAAUUAAAAAGGUGCUGCAAAGUUUGCAGGAGCACAUGGAUGACCCUGACGUCCAAGCUCAGGUCCAAGUACUGUCUGCGGCACUCAGAGCUGCUCAUCUCGACUCCGUCAACGACUGUGAGGUCAAACAAGACGAAGAAGUUAAUGGCAGCAGCCAGGAAGAGGCAUCCCUUUUGGAGCCUGAUCACAGCACAGGGGAUGAAGGCUCCUUGUCUUCGUUGCCAACCCAGGGAGAGACAAUUGACCCCUCCAUUCCAACAAUAAUGAAAAAUGUGGAUGUAGAGCUACUUAAUGGGACUGAUAAAGCUUUAGAAAUAGAAGAUAACGAUCUACCCUUUGAAGAAGAUAAAUCAAAAUUACAGGAUAUCAUACCUCAGCCUUUACUGGACCAGUACUUAUCGAUGACGGACCCUGCUCGAGCACAGACGGUUGAUACCGAAAUAGCAAAACACUGUGCAUACAGUCUUCCUGGUGUGGCCUUAACAUUGGGGAGACAGAACUGGCAUUGCUUGAAAGACACCUAUGAAACCUUGGCAUCAGAUGUACAGUGGAAGGUGCGUCGGACGCUGGCUUUCUCCAUUCAUGAGCUGGCUGUUAUUCUGGGAGAUCAGCUAACGGCGGCAGAUCUGGUGCCAAUUUUCAAUGGCUUCUUAAAAGAUCUGGAUGAAGUGCGCAUUGGAGUCCUUAAACACCUCUAUGACUUCCUUAAGUUGCUUCACGCAGACAAAAGGCGCGAGUACCUUUAUCAGCUUCAAGAGUUUGUGGUUACUGAUAACAGUAGGAACUGGCGGUUUCGCUAUGAACUUGCAGAACAACUAAUUUUGAUCCUGGAGCUCUACAAUCCCAAUGACGUAUAUGACUACCUAAGACACAUUGCACUAACUCUCUGUUCAGAUAAAGUCUCUGAAGUCAGGUGGAUCUCCUUCAAGCUGGUUGUAGCAAUAUUACAGAAGUUCUAUGCCAACAGUGCAAACUCUCUGGGGUUAAAUUUCAUCAAUGAGUUGAUUGUGAGGUUCCGUCAUUGUUCCAAGUGGGUCGGAAGACAAGCAUUUGCCUUCAUCUGCCAGGCAGUGGUGGAAGAGGAGUGCAUGCCGGUGAACCAUUUUGUUGAACACCUGCUGCCCAGCCUCCUGAGCUUGGCUUCUGACCCUGUGCCAAAUGUAAGGGUUCUGCUUGCCAAAGCUCUGAGGCAAACGCUGUUGGAGAAAGCUUAUUUUAGAAGUGUGGGCAACCCUCAUCUCGAAGCUGUGGAAGAGACUGUUCUGGUUCUGCAAGCGGACAGGGAUCAAGAUGUGGCCUUUUUUGCCACCAUCAAACCAAAACACCAGACUGUGCACAUGACUUCACUUGAGAAACAGAAUUGACUUCCUUUGUCUCUGUGGACCACAAAAGUUUCUGGCGACUCACCAGGAAGGAAGACUGCACCAAGCAAUCAAUGCAACCCAAGAGAAAAGGGCUUGUUCUUAAUCCAGUCAUGUAACUGAGGGACGUGUGGACGUAUCCGCAAACUUGGCAACGUUAUUUGGAAUACUCAGCCACCGUACUUUCCCCAGCUCCCUUUUAACAGACAUGGGGAUUAAUGCUGAGCUCAAUAAAAAGUCCAGUAUUUAUAUCUGCGUUUGUGUGAAAUGCACGUAUUCUCAGCUUCCGCAUUCUCCAAGGUAACAGGAAUAUGCCUUUUGAAAUUUGCUGACUCAAGGACAAAGGAAUUGCUUGGUCACCACUUCAGGCUUGAGCUAAUAUGGUCAGCAAGUGUAAAAACCACGGACACUCAACACCCAUUUUGUUACUAACCUACUCUGUUGUUUGUGGCAUUUCAUUUUAUGGUAUCGGUUUACUCAACAUGUACAUAUGAAACUCUGCAAAGGAUUUGGAAAACUUGAAUCUGUAUCUGUAACAAAAAAGGUCAUUUUUUAAAAAAGGCAAAAAAUGCAGCAGUUGUCUAGUUAGAGCAAGGAAAUUUUUUCUUUUUGUCAAAGAUAGAUGAUUUUUUUUUUUAAUUCACUUUGUGAACUGUGGCAUUUCAGUCUUGUGUGUUGGUGUGUGUUAAAUUAAAAACCCAGCCCUUUGUAGUGGUUGCUUUCCUUCAUUCAUGCUAACCUUCAGUCUCUUCUGCUUGCUAGAGCUGCAAGACAGACAUAGUCCUCAGAUCACUAACGUGGACGUAGUUCACGUGCUUCUGUUUGG